CUGUAAGUAGAAAGACAGGGUGCAUUAAAGGACGAAUUAUGUACACGGCGUCCCUAGUUACAAUGGGAAGAAACACAUCUGUAGAUUGCAACCGGUUCUUAACAAGUAGUUAUCUUUUUGCUUGAGUGAAAAACAAACAUUUGUUACAUAUUUAGAGUGUACCUUUUAUCACAGUGUUCAAUACUUCACGGUACCUGGUUAUUAUUUGGAUUUACGACCGAUCAGAAUGAACUAAGCUUUUGGCUGACAUAGAAUUUCUUUUUCAGAUUAUGGAGUAACCAUUUGAUUAAUUCCUUUAAAUCACAUAAAAAGGGAUCUGUGCGCGCGUACACUGACUGUUUCUAGUUAAAUAGAUCUCCUCUUUGCGUGUUAUUUGAAAGGUUGCACCCGAUAAGCGACAAUGACUUCCGUCCACAGAAGAUAUUUUGUUUGACAUUUCCUUGAACGAAGGGGUUUAUAUUCAACGAUAAAAAGAGAACAAAUCAUGGAAUCCGAUUCAUUACGCUGGGCUGUUCUCUCUAACAAUGCUGCUCACGGACCAUCCAAUCUCAGGGACCUCAGAAUCACAACGAUGAAGCUACAACAAAGGGCGUUGACUGGGAAGGCCCAGGAAAAGAGGAAACCGGCCUCAGAUUCUCCGUUACAAAAGAGAACUCUGAAUAAUUAUCCAAUGCAGCAUACUAAAGAAGACUCAGUGAAAAUGGCUCAAUCCCAACAAUAUAUCAGGAAACAUUUGGAACGAAGGGUUAAACAAGCAAGAAUAGAUAGUGAGAAUUUGAGAGAUUAUAGCCAUAAAAUGUUCGAUACUGUGAUCCAAGCUAAGAAACAGAAUAGUGCGAUUCGUCCCAGCACUGCUGUAGUACCCGGCCAUGUCCCUAAAUAUCAAAACGGAGCUACAGGUCCUUCGAGAAGCGGAAGCAUUGUGUACAAUGCUCGAAGUAAGAUUUUGAAUUCUAUCAGAUUGCGUCCAAAUUCAGAACCUCCUCUCAAAUUCAAACACGAACGUUCAACCGAGAUUCGAUCAGAAAUACGCAAAACUCUUUCUCAGAGUAACAGCGAUUUCCGAGUAAUAACGCCGAUGUCUUCCUCAGCAAGAUCGACAGCAUCGUCAUCGAGCGAGUAUUAUCUGGUUCCUUUGAAUGGUAAUUUGUCUGAAUUCUCCUCUAUCCCUGACCUGGAUGAUAGCACCACCCAGGACAGUGUGUUUAGUGACUGCGAUUCCAAAAGCAGCACCAUUAAGUCGGAAUACACGUAUACCAGGCCUCAUUGUGAUCAGUCAAAAAUCAGGUUUUAUUCUUUAGAAGAAGAAUCAUCUAUAAGUUCUGUGGACAGUAAAAAAGAGGACACCGUCCCUCCCCCACCUGUGGAGGAACCAAAACCAGAACCCCCUCCACCAGAACCAGAAAAAAAGCCAAAGAGUGGAAAACGACCCAAAAGUAGCGGAUCCCGUGGAAAAAGCCCGAAAGCGAGAGGGAAAAGCCCAAAGAAAAGUGCAAAAGGUAAGAAGGAAAAGGAACCUGAACCUCCACCCCCACCGCCUCCCGAGCCCGAGAAAAUAGAAAAGGAGCCCGAGGUCAAAAAACCCUUAAAAGGUCCUCAUUGCUGGGUGGACGAUAUGACUAUAACCAGUGAGUCUGUGAAGGAUCUAACAGAUGAAAACCAACAGAACACAGGGGAAGUAACCCAAUCCCGUCUUUGCAGCGCAAAAUCAAAUGAAAAUAAAAAGGUCGGGCCAGUGGGAAAAGAAAACGUGCCUUUGACAAGCGAUGACGAUAAAAUCACCUCAGAGGAUCAUAUAGAAUUGCCAAAAUUUCUUUGUCCAAGUUCAGAACUGAAAUCAAAACAAGCUGCAAUAAAAGACUGGUUGGCUAGGACUAAUUUUGACUAUUCUGGUAGAUGUGUGCCAUUAAUAUAGCUUUAAAGAGUAGUCCUUACUUUUAGCAAUAUCUCCCUUUUUGCAUGAUAUUACUUUUACUGUAUCAUAAUAAGACUUGGCAUCUAGUGUAUCAGCAUGUUUUAUACAGCCAUUAGUGUAUUAAACGGACUGAA